AAUGGAAACUGCAGAACAUUCUACUACACAAAGAAUACACAGACGAGAACUACACGAUAAUAAACGGACUCUGUAUUGCCACGAGUAUCUUAUUAACAUCCCAUGGCAGUGCUGCGUCCCGUUACCGUGUGCCCAUUGAUAUAGUAUAUUCUUGCAUUUUAAGGAUAUAGCAGGCGUGUUUGAGUCCAUGCAGUACUCACUAUAGUGUAUAGUCGUACCCUAAUAUGAUAAGAGAUUCCCAUAAGAGUGAGAAUAACAUGUGCAUAAGAAUACAUUCAGUGUUUAUUCGAGAAUAAUCCUAACCCGUCCAAGUGGUACACGUGGAACCUCCGGAGGAGGACACACGCACCAAGUAGCUGUACCAUUUUAGUCUGUAUUCAUACGCAGAUCAAAUGAAGAAAAUGUCCAAGAGUGUUGAGAUCGUGGGACUUCUUGUGUACAUCUUUACGUUCCUGUGUCUAGCUGAUGCGUCAAGUUUGGCAUCUCCACCUAAAUCGGCCUUGGUUAUUGCCUUCGACAAUGUCAACGAACUCUCCCUCUUGGCGAAUACUUUAUCGGAUCAAGGUAUCGAUACUACAUUGGUGGUGAACUCCUUGGAAGAAGUAUACGAUAACUUAGUAGACGUCGAGGUAUACCCGCUGAAUAAAUCUUCGUUGGAUCAGAAUGGCCACCAAAGUGCGGAUAGAGUGGCUUUGCAGAUAUGUCAGACGUUUUUGACGGAUGAAAAAUUAGCUAAUAAAGUUCGUGAAAUACUUCCCACAUUUGUAGUGUUUCCUGCAUGGAGACAUGACGCUUGCCUUUUACCCUGGGUGAAACACGUGGGAUCUAUUCCUGUUAUAUGGAGCAGAGGCAUAGAUGAUGAGUUAUAUACCUUUCAGAAGACAGAGAUGGCUCUGCCGAUUCAUAGGGAUGGUAUUUGGUCGAGAUUAAUUGAACUCAUGCGUGCAAGAUCGAUACUGUCUAGUACUGAUGAUAGUUACGUAUUCCCGGCUCUGAAGCUUGUUCAAAAGUUCUUACCUGAUCUUCAUAUUAAACCGGAAACUUUAUAUUCGGAUGUCACCCUUGUUUUUUGGGGUGCUGAUUAUGUAUUGCGCUCCGAUUUUGCCUUACUCUCACGAUCGUUGGUCGAGAUUGGCUGUCAUCACUGUAGAGGCGUUUAUCCCUUACCACCAACUCUUCAAAAAGAACUGAUAGAAUUUCGUUUGGGUACUGUGGCUGCUCUUCUUGAUGAAAAUUAUGAGGACCUUAUCGUAGAACUGGCCGAGAAAUUACCGCAAGGCAGACAGGGACAAGCUAUAGUGUGGAAACGCAAAAAUUUAAAAUUGAAUAAUCAGGAGCAGCCAGCAAAUCUUUUUAUACAUUCUGAUGUUAUCAGACAAGAUAUCAUAGGGUUUGCCAGGACUCGAGUCCUACUGAGUCACUGCGAGGACACAGUACUCCUGGAAGCUGCGUUUCACGGAACCCCCGUCAUCUGUUUCCCAAGAAACCAUGACGAAAGACGGAAUUCAGACCGCGCCAUUGAACUCGGCUUCUCGUUUGCUAACGUAGACGGAAAUAUACCGGCGAAAUCCGAGCCGAUAUCUCGCGUCAUUAAGCACAUCCACGAAACAGCAUCCUAUCGUGAGAAUGCUAGAAAGAUAUCGCAAGCAAUAAGGGACAGACCGAAUCCUGCAACGGACAGGAUACUCUAUUGGCUGGAUUACGUGUUGAGAAAUCGCGAAGAGCCAUUACUGAGCAGUAGCACCGGAAAUCGGGAUAAAAAUGAUCGCCGUCAACGGCACAUCGAGGAUUUCCUGUUUGGCGUGGGACUGGUAAUCGGCGCUAUAAUCGGCCUUCUUGUUGGGCUCGGGAUUUCCUUCCUAUUGGCUAAAAUAUAUCCCUCGGGAUCACGUAACCAGUCACACGGUACACGAAGAAAGUUUAAAACGUAACUGUCGUGUAUUUAGCGAAGUCCACAAAUAAGAUUAAUCGCCUCGGUCAUAAUUUCUAUUAAAGAAUCAAUGCCCAUUUGAUUAUAAUACGUUUAUAAAUAGACGUAGAGUUACAGAUCAUACAUAUACAUAUACAAACGUUACAAUCUAGGAAAUUCUAAAUCUAAACGAGAGAGAGAGAGAGAGAGAGAGAGAGAGAGAGAGAGAGAGAGAGAGAGAGAGAGAG